AUGGAGCGCACAGCAGCGGGCAAGGAGCUCGCCCUGGCGCAGCUGCAGGACUGGGGAGAGGAGACCGAGGACGGCGCGGUGUACAGUGUCUCCCUGCGGCGGCAGCGCAGUCAGCGUUCGAGUCCGGGGGCAGGGCCCCAGGGCACCCAGGCCCCCAGCCCCGCGGCCGACACCUUCCUUCAUUACCGCACCAGCAAGGUGCGGGCACUGAGGGCUGCGCGGCUGGAGCGGCUAGUGCGGGAGUUGGUGUCCGGAGACCCCGAGCAGGACCCAGGCUUCGUGCCCGCCUUCCUGGCCACCCACCGGGCCUUCGUGCCUACUGGCCGCGUGCUGGGCCUCCUCCUGCCGCCACCGGCGCCGCCACUCCCGCCCGGGGUAGAAAUCAAGAAAACAGAAGGAAGAGAUCUGACUUUCAACAAGAACUUGAGGGCUGUGGUGUCGGUGCUGGGCUUAUGGCUGCGGGACCACCCUCAGGAUUUCUGGGAUCCCCCUGCCCACUCGGACCUAGGCAGUGUUUGCAGCUUUCUGGGCUGGGCAGCUCCAUCAGGGGCUGAGGCCCGGGAGGCCGAAAAGCUGCUAGGAGAUUUCCUGAAGGAGGCUGAGGCAGAGCAGGAGGAAGAGGAGCAGUCCCAGACACAGCCAGGACCCCUUGGGACUGUCCAGAUCCUCUGCCCAGACUCCCCAGUGGGCUGCCUGGAAAACGAGGAGGGCCUCGUGUGGGAAGGCCCUGAGCUUCUGGACUUCAGUGUAGACGAUGUGGCGGAGCAGCUGACCCUGAUGGACGUGGAGCUCUUCUCGCGCCUGCGGCCCUGCGAGUGUCUGGGCUCCGUGUGGUCGCAGCGGGACCGGCCGGGGGCCGCAAGCAUCGCCCCCACUGUGCGCGCCACCGUGACCCAGUUCAACACAGUGACCGGCUGCGUGCUGGGCUCAGUGCUGGGGGAACCGGGCCUGGCCGCCCCGCAGAGGGCGCAGCGGCUGGAGAAGUGGAUCCGCAUAGCUCAGCGCUGCCGGGAACUGCGGAACUUCUCCUCCCUGCGCGCCAUCCUGUCUGCCCUGCAGUCUAACCCCAUCUACAGGCUGAAGCGCAGCUGGGGCGCCGUGAGCCGGGAACCAUUAUCCACUUUCAGGAAACUUGCCCAAAUUUUCUCCGAUGAGAACAACCAUCUGAGCAGCAGAGAGAUUCUCUCCCAGGAGGCAACUCAGGGGCCCCAAGAGAAGGAUGCCCCUGCAGGAAGCCCGUCCUUGAAACUGCCCCCAGGCCCCGUCCCCUACCUUGGCACCUUUCUCACGGACCUGGUAAUGCUGGAUACCGCCCUGCCGGAUAUGCUGAAGGGGAAUCUCAUCAACUUUGAGAAGAGGAGGAAGGAGUGGGAGAUCCUGGCCCGCAUCCAGCAGCUGCAGAGACGCUGUCAGAGCUACUGCCUGAGUCCCCGCCCGCCCAUCCUGGCCGCCCUGCGUGCCCAGCACAAGCUAAACGAGGAGCAGAGCUAUCACAUCUCCCGGGUCAUUGAGCCACCAGCCUCCUCCUGCCCCAGCUCCCCACGCAUCCGACGGCAAAUCAGCCUGACCAAGCGCCUCAGUGCGAAGCUGUCCCGGGAGAGAGUUUCAUCCCCUGGUGGAAGUCCUGGGGAUCCCUCAUCCUCCACCUCAAGUCUGUCCCCAGCAUCCCCUCCAUCCAGUCCUAGAACCAAGGACCCUCCUACAGGCAGUCCUCCAGCCUCUCCAGGGCCCCAGAGCCCCAGCACCAAGCUGCCCCUGAGCCCAGACCUGCCAGGCCCCUGGCCCCUGGCCCUGCCCUUGAGUGGCCCUCAUAUCUCCCUCCCUGGGCAGCAGGGCUCAGAGGCCCGCGUCAUCCGGGUCAGCAUCGACAACGACCACGGCAAUCUGUAUCGGAGCAUCUUGCUCACUAGUCAGGACAAGGCCCCCAGCGUGGUCCAGCGAGCCUUGGAAAAACACAAUGUGGCCCAGCCCUUGGUCCGGGACUAUCAGCUCUUCCAAGUCCUUCCUGGGGACAGGGAGCUCCUGAUUCCUGACAACGCCAACGUGUUCUAUGCCAUGAGUCCAGCCGCCCCUGGAGACUUCAUCCUGCGGCGGAAGGAGGGGCCCCAGCACACAACCUCAGUCUCCCUACCCCCUCCUCCAGGAUAUGGGCCUCAUGGGCAGCAAGGGGUCUGGCUUCUAUCACCAGGAGGUGGGGAGGGGCCUCCUCUAUGA